AUCUUCCUCGGCUCGUUGAAACAACACUCUGCGUCAUCAUCGUCAUGGUAGCGGGCCAUCCAGAGGAGAGCCUUCCGGCCUUGUUCUACACCAAGCAGCGGGAGCGGGAGGCUGCUGAGCACCAGAGACAGAAGGAAGCCCUCCUGAAGGACUCGCAGAAGGACCACACGGCCUCACGGUUCACCACAGUUGCCGAAGCCAUUGAUGAACGUCUCAAGACCUCCACCAUCGGUCUCGUGACCCUCGAGGACUUCCAGAAGACCCGCGACGAGCUCGAGGAGGAACAGCGGAGGAUUGCAGCUAAGACGGCGGCCGAUAAGAUCCAGAACGCGAAGAAGGCCAAGCGGGAUAAGAAGAAGGAUCGGGCCAAGCUCUCAUUCGCCUUGGACGAGGAGGAAGACGAGGGUGCCGCCUCCUCAGCCGGCGACAAGCGCUCACGAGAGGCUUCAGAAGGUCUGCUGAAACAUCCCUCGCCCCAGCUGACUCCAGCAGACCCCGCGGCCAAGAAGAAGAAGCUCUCCAAGAACCCCGACGUCGACACCUCGUUCCUCCCCGACCGCGUGCGCGAGGCCAAGGAGAUGGAGGAGCGCGAGGAGCUACGCAAGGUCUGGAUCGAGGAGCAAGGGCGGAUAAAGGACGAGGAUAUCGAGAUCACCUACUCGUACUGGGACGGCAGUGGGCACCGCAAGGUGGUUGACUGCAAGAAGGGCGACUCGAUCGCUGCUUUCCUUGGCAAGUGCCGCACCCAGGUCCCCGAGCUGCGCGGCGUGAGCAUAGACAACCUGAUGUACAUCAAGGAGGACCUCAUCAUCCCACAUCAUUACACCUUCUACGAUUUCAUCAUCAACAAGGCGCGCGGCAAGUCGGGCCCGCUGUUCAACUUUGACGUACAUGACGACGUGCGGCUGCUCGCCGACGCCACGAAAGAGAAGGACGAGUCGCAUGCCGGCAAGGUUGUCGAGCGGUCGUGGUAUCACCGCCACAAGCAUAUCUUCCCUGCAUCACGCUGGGAGGUGUACGACCCCGACAAGGACUAUGGAACCUACAAAAUCGCCUAA